AACUAUAACAGACACUGCCAAAAUGUCUGAUCCUAUAAAUGCAAACCCCACCAUCGUCGACGUGUCGUCUUUGCCCACCAGACUCACCCAGCAGCCACAACUGUCGGAAUCAAAGUAUAACCAACGUCAUCAUGAGUUGGUCGAUAAGAUCGUAUCAUUAUCAUUACUACCAAAGAUCAGAGUAGGAAACGUAGUGGACGAACAAGUUCCAGGUCUUGUGUCUGAUGUAGAGAUGAGUAGUACAGAUGAGGAACUUGAGGAGGAAGAAGAAGAAGGAGUCAGUGAUGAUAUAGAUGAACAAGAAGUAUUUGAUUUAAUCUCCAGUAUAUCUGAUCCUGAACAUCCAUUAACUUUAGCACAAUUGGCAGUAGUUAAUCUUGUCGAUAUAUCUAUAACCAAUGCCCCUACAAAGUCACAAAUCUCAGAAAUCCUCAUAAGAAUAACUCCCACAAUAACUCAUUGUUCAUUAGCCACAUUAAUUGGUUUAGGUAUACGAGUAAGACUUGAAAGAUGUUUGCCGGCCAGAUAUCGAAUUAAGAUUCUAAUUAAAGAAGGAACUCAUCAAUCUGAAAAUCAAGUCAAUAAACAAUUAAAUGAUAAAGAACGAGUGGCUGCUGCUUGUGAGAAUGAUCAAUUAUUAGGAGUUAUAAGUCAGAUGUUAAGUACCUGUAAAUAAUUGGAAUUAGUAUGUUAUAUUAAUGCAAUCUAAGAAUAGCAAUCAACUAAAGUAAGUAAAGUAAAGUAAUAUAAUCUAAAGUAAUCUAAAGCAAAGGUGACCAGCAGCAAGAAAUAAAUAAUUUUAAUAAAUAUACAUUAUGGAUAAUGAUAACAAAUCAAAUCAAAUCAAUAUCCAUUUUUAAUAGAUCCAAUACAUUGUAAAGAUCCAUACUCCAAUAUCAUUUUUAAUACAUCAACCAUAAUAAAUUUCAAUAGUUUACCCUUUAUAAAUUCAAGAUAUUUAAUAUAAAUGAUAUGGUUAUUAUCAUCAUCUUUUGAUUGUCCCAACUGUUUAAUUAAUCGUUGACUAAUGGUAUAUAAUCUAAUUAAAUGAACGUAAUAUUCGUACUUAUCCUUUUUAUUCUCUAAUUUUUGUUGAUAAGUUAAUUGAGGGACUUGUAAACUAUUAGGAGUUUGUUGUUGUAGUUGUAGUUGUUGUUGUUGUUGUUGUUGAU